AGGUACUUGCACGAGCAGAUGAUAAAUGAAGGAGGGGAGAUCCUUGUUCAGUUUGGUACAUCUUCAGCGGUACGAAAACCGAAGAAGCAAACCGUGCAAUCUGUAACAAAGAGGUCGCAGUAUAUAGCCGAUCUCUUAGGCGUUGCAUUGCUCGGACAGAUCACAUUAAUCCCCUAUAAUACUGGAAAUCAUUGGGUCUUGACUGCAAUUGACAUGGCUAGGCAAACAGUACAUUACUUGGACUCUAUAGGAGGAUCUCCAGUAGAAGAUUUGGAAAGCAUAGUGAAUCAAGGAGUGAGGAUUCAUCAUGCCUCAACUUCUAAGAAUAGGAUGAAUCUGAAAUGGGUGCGAGUCAUGUGCCCGAAGCAAGCAGGAGGAAUGGAAUGUGGUUAUUUUGUUAUGAAAUAUAUGAAAGACAUUGCGUCCGAUGUCAAACUCUUGGAACAAAAUUUCUCUGAAAUUAAGGAGUACAGUGACAAUGAUAUUUUGGGAAUACGUGAAGAGUGGGCUACAUAUGCAGCUACUUUGAUAACAA